AUGGAGCUAAUUCAUAAACAAGUACCGAUGUUGAGAGACUUGGCAUUGAAUCCGGUCUUCUCUUUUAAACAAGAUUUGAAGUUGAUAGCGGCGAUUGAUAAAUUAGCAGUCGAUGGAAGAUGCGAUAUGACUGAAAAUAAAAAUGUGCUAACAUUACCUGAACGUAAAUUAGGAUUCUCUGAAGUGCAGCAAAUGCUGAAAGGAUGCUGCGAGAAUAAAGCGUUUCAGAGCCUCGAUAUUAAGUUAAACGAAAAACAUUCCAUUCGAAAAUCUUUAAUUAAAAAGGUCGAAGAAAUUCUAAACGCAAUCAACGAGGACGCUGAAAAUGGGAAUGUACCAAAACUAGUUAUCAGGAAUCAAAGACUUUGGAGUAAUUGUGUUUAUGAUUUAGACCGAGUGACAUUAAAAUGUUUCAAUGAAGCAAAGACAUCAACAAUAACUUACUCUAGCUCAGAAGACAAAACUAGAUUUAACACGAUCGUGUUUGUAUUGACUAAAGUACACGAAUUGUUAAUUAAAAACCUAACAGUAACUAGAAGGGAAUUAUUCUAUCAAAAUGUGAUAAGACUGCGCAAUCAAGCGAACCUUGAUGUCGCAGUCAGAGAUGUUUGUUGUUUGUUGGACACUCCGCCAUGGAAUCUCGGUAUUGUAGCAACUGCUAAAGGCUUGAUAGCUGGACCUCUUACUAUAAAACAUAGGGAUGGAUUUCAGACAGACUGCAUGGCUUCAGGCGGGGUCCUAAUUCCGCAAGACGUGAACGGAAUAAUAGAAUUUCAGUCGACAGCGAAGUACAUUUUGGUUGUGGAGAAGGAUGCCAUAUUUCAAAAGCUACUCGAUGAAGGAGCUUUGAUCAGGCUAGGUCCUGUUAUUAUACUUACGGGUAAGGGUUAUCCGGACGUUUGUACUAGACAGUUGUUGUGUCGUCUAUGCAAGGAAUUGCGUUUGAGGGCCCUGGCUCUUGUGGACGCAGAUCCCCACGGCUAUGAGAUAUUCCUCACAUAUAAAUACGGUUCAUUGGCACAGUCGCAUCUCUCGUCUUCUCUAGCCUGUAGUUCUAUAGUAAUGCUUGGGGCUCGUCACCAUGACGCCAUGACUCUCGCUCCUACUGAAGCGCGAUUGGCACUCACUGAACGCGAUAAAAGAAAACUAUUAUCUUUGUUGAAAAGACCUUAUUUGGACAACAGUAACGGAGGUCGUAUUAGGGAAGAGUUACAAGUAAUGCUAUCUAGCGGUACAAAGGCAGAAAUAGAAGCACUCGCGCCGACCAGUGGUGAGCUCUGUGACGCAUACUUACCUGCUAAACUUAUACAAGGAGAUUAUUUGGGAUAA